GGCAUUUAUAACAUACUAAUCACGAGAGCAUCAGCAUGAAACGGCUUACCCUAGCAGUCUCCGCCCACUUCUCGAUUCUCCUGCCACCCAUCUUCGGCGCUCUGCCCUUCCUCAGAUGAGGCGCUCGACAACCCACUCUUUGUAGCGAACAGUUUACCGGCUCAAUGUCUUUCUUUCUUCUUUCGCUUCUGUCAGCUCUCGUCACAUUUUCAGUCUCAACAGCAAAGAACUCGUCAUGCUAUUACCCCUCCGGCGUCGAAUCUAGAGGACAACCCUGCUACGCGGAUGCAGACGUAUCUGCAUGCUGUGGACCAACCUUCGUGUGCAUGAGUAACGGACUCUGCGAACCCGGACCGGACUCGAAGCGGACAUACUCGUACAAGUACUACCGCAGCGGAUGCACAGACCCGUCAUGGAACUCAACGACAUGUCCUCAGUUCUGUCUCGAACCUAGUGACAACCGCGACGCUGGGCAGGGACUCCAAAAUUGCGGAAAUAACCAAUACUGCUGCGCUGAGACCUACGACUGCUGCACCAAUUCGACGAAUGUCUUCACGCUGGACGUCGCGAACGUCGUAACGACUAUCCCUGCACCAAGUGCUAGCUCGACUUCUACCUCAUCCCCAUCCAAAGGCGCAUCGGUGAGCGGUUCUGGAUCCAGCGCCAGCAAUAACGCUGUAGCGAUUGGCGUCGGGGUAGGAGUUGGUGUAGGAGUACUGCUCGCUCUCCUCAUCCUAGGCUUUGUCGUCCUCCAACGCAGACGGUACCGAAGGGACUCGCCUUCUAAACACACCAAAGGCAGAGAGGACCGGAAAGGGAAUGAGCAACCACUCGAUAAAUACGACUCAAAAGAAGGCUAUAUGGCACCAGUUGGAGCUGAAGAAGGGCGACCCGAACUAGAAUCUUACCCCAGAGCACGCAUCACGGAGGAGCCGCAAGAGUUGGAGCAUCGACCGAGAUUCGAGAUGGGAAGGACUCCGUCUCCAGAGGCGAAAGAUAGACACGAGCAGGCCAGAGAGUUCCCCGGAAGGUAUUUUAAAGAGGACGGCACGUUUCGGCAUGAGGCCCCCUGAUGAAGAUGGAGCAAGCAUGGGCGAGAGAGAAGACGUGCUUAUACAGCAGCUGCUAUGCUUCAGGAGAUCAAGUGUGCUUUGAGGGAGCCGCUGUACGGUCUCAGGCCAGGAUCUGCCGAUCCCAUAGCUAAGUAACCGUCCUAAGCCGCGUUUGUAUGCGCCAUCGUAGAACCCUUCACCCCUUCUUACCCUAGUCGGACGGCGAUGCGGACCAGGAGUCUUUAAAUACUCGCCUAGCUCCGAAUACGCUUGAAGGCGGCGACCGGAUGGCUUUCGAAAGGGAGGGAACAGGCAAUGAACGAUGCUACAGCCGGGUAGACGCCAAUACUUGAAGACA